AUAUUCUUAUUGUUAUUCAUUUAAUAUUUUAAUUUCAAAUUUCUCAGCUCAAUUCCUUAUUAGUUAUUAUUUAUUAUGUAAGUACGUAACCCUGAAAUUCGAGUUGAGACAUCAACAUAAAUGUUCAUUUUUAAUUUGACAUAAUUCCCGUUCUUCGGUAGUUUUUUUACACUUUAUAAAUCGUGUUUGUUCAAGUUUUGACCAGUACAUAUUGUUUUGUAUCGUUAUUUAACCUAAUUAAUUGAAAUAAACUUUUCUAUCUUCGUUUAUGUUUGAAUAUUAUUAUCUUUAAUGAUGUCGAACACUAAAUCUGACGAUCGUCCUUUGUUCACAUACACAAUCGGUGGGGUCAAAAUUGAAAUGCCCGUCAGACCAUAUCCUUCUCAGGUUUCCAUGAUGGAUAAGGUUAUUCGUGGUUGUCAAAAACAGCAAAAUUGUCUUUUGGAAAGUCCUACGGGGUCUGGAAAAACAUUGGCUUUAUUGUGUUCGGCGUUAGCAUGGCAGAGAGCAGAAAAAGCACGUUUAGAAAAACUGUCAGAAGAAGAAUUUCAACAGAGUUUAAUCGAAUGGCAACAGAAAGAGCAACAAAAAAACCAAAAGGAAAAGAAACAGAAAAAACCUAAUACUCCAGAAAAGAAACUUGCAGAAACGAAUACUUCACCCGCUAAAAAUAAAGGAUUAUGUUUGUCAACGGUCGUCACUAUCAGCGAUGAUUCGGAUGAGGAAAUGGCCAUAUUUAAACAGCCUGGUAAAAAGAGAAAAAUAAAUAACAGCAGAGAUUUGGACGUGUCCGAUUGCAAGAGCAUGUCAAACGACGAAUCAAUAAUGACCAAUGACUCCAGCGCUAACAAUAGUUUGAUGACAGAAGAUGAAGACGAAAAAGUUGAACCGCAAAAAGGAACUAAUAUGCCGAAAAAAUCUAAACCAGUUAUCCCUGUGAUAUACUUCUGUACGAGAACCCAUAAACAAAUUGAACAGGUUAUCAAAGAGUUACAAAGAACUAGUUUCAAUACCGCCAAGAGUUGCGUGUUAGCGAGCCGCGAACACACAUGUAUUCAAGAUUCUAACUUAUACUACCCCCAGAUAUCAUACAAAUCAAAAACCGAAUUGUGUAGGGAUUUAUUAGAUCCAAAAGCGAGACGGAGAAAUUCAUUAAAGUUCAGAAGGACAAUCGAUAGGUGUAUUUAUUACGAUAACGGUGGUGUGAAAAUAAGCACUUAUGGCCAAUUAGCUAAGUUCGGAGUGGAAUCUGUUUGGGAUAUCGAAGACAUAGUGCGUUUGGGCAUUUCUAAAAGAUCUUGUCCUUACUACGGUACAAGAUUAUUGCUCAAAACUGCCGAAAUCGUCUUUUGUCCUUACAAUUAUAUUAUCGAUCCGGUCAUCAGAAGUACAAUGAACUUGAAACUAAAAGGCCACGUGAUAAUUGUCGACGAAGCUCAUAAUAUCGAGGAUCAAUGCCGUGAAGCCGCAAGUUUGCAGUUGGAUCAGACGAAUAUGAAUUUGGCCAAAGCGGACUGCGAAAAAGUAUAUAAGUCUUGCAACAAUUCAGUGUCGUACUCGAGGCUGGCUCGAUAUUUGUCCGAUAUGUCAAAGUGGAUCGAUGAAAAGUCUAAAGAAAUUAAAACUUACGACGAUUAUAAUCGUGGUGUUAUAUCGUGGACAGGGACUUACACCAUAGCCAGUUUUGAUGAUUUUGGUAUCGGGUGGACGGCCUUCGAAAAAUUCAAAAAAGACUGCGAAAUAGUGUUGGCUGAUUCAACUGAAGAAGGUGAAUCUGACGAGACGAAAAUUGAUACAAAUGAAAAUGGAGAAAAUGAAGAAAAUGAAUUGGGAAAAAUAGACGAAGAUGAAACGAUAGAAAACCGUUCGUCUCAAGAUACAAAUGAUGAUGUGGCUAUAACAAAUGCGACUAAAAACUUAUUGUCGUCGAUUUGUAUGGUGUUUAGUUUAUUAUAUGAUGAUAAGUACAAAUUUGAUUACCACGUUUCCUUAGAGAAGAUUAUGCAAUUAAAGAAAUUUGAACACAAAGAACGAGGAAAGAAGGGCACUUUGGGUGGUUGGAUCGAUAGCGCGGCGGAGCCCGAGGACUCGCGGCCGGUGUGGAACAACGUGGUCAGCUUCCUGUGCCUGAACCCGGCGGCCGUGUUCAGCGAACUGAAAUCGACGGCCCGAACCAUCAUCCUCACGUCCGGCACCCUGUCGCCGAUGCAGUCGUUCCAGUCCGAGCUCGGAACGCAGUUCCCGAUCGCCCUGGAGGCCGGCCACGUCAUCAAGCCAGAACAGUGUUGGGUGUCGUCAGUGAGCGUCGGGCCGGACGGGACGGACCUCAACGGCCAGUACCGGAACAUCAACACGUACAAUUAUCAGGACGAGAUGGGCAAAGUGCUGUGGGACGUGUGCUCCACCGUGCCGCAUGGCGUGCUGUGCUUCAUGCCGUCGUACAUGCUCAUGGAGAAGCUGUAUAAUCGGUGGCAGAUCACCGGACUUCUGGACCGCCUCAAGCGGAUCAAGGUGGUCAUGUGCGAGCCUCGCCGAGGCGACCAGCUUGAGGAGUUGAUGACCAAGUAUUAUGCGGCCGUCCGAGGGGACGAGGGGGGCCCGAGCGGUGCUCUCUUCCUGGCCGUGUACCGCGGCAAAAUCAGCGAAGGGCUGGAUUUCUCGGACAACAACGCCCGAGCGGUGGUGGCCGUCGGCAUUCCGUUUCCGAAUUACAAAGAUGCGGCCGUGACCCACAAAAAAGAUUACAACGACAAACAUCACAAGAACAAAGGGCUGUUGCCUGGCUGGGAGUGGUACCAGAUUCAGGCAUACAGAGCGUUAAACCAAGCACUCGGCCGGUGCAUCAGGCACAGGAACGAUUGGGGCGCUAUCCUGUUAGUGGACAGCAGGUAUGAACAGCCCAAGAACCUGUCCGGACUGUCGAAAUGGAUAAGAGGAAGGGUCGAAAGAAACAGUUCGUGGUCGACGAUCGUGGCCAAACUCAAGGACUUUGUAGAGACGAGGCAGCAUUGUGACUCUAUAGCAGCCCAAACUUGAUUUUUUUUUGUGCAUUCCCAAGAGGGACUUAGGUGCAACGGCUGUGGCACAUCUAACUCAUGAUUUUAAUACUUAGUAAAAGUUUUCUUAUUGAUGGUUAUCAUCAAUAAGUAAAAUACACAAAUAUGAUAUUUAUUUUUUUAUCACCUAUAUACGUGUAUCAUCCUUUAAUUAUAAGAUAUGGUUAUUUAUUUUUAAUACUUGCUAAUAAAUUAUUUUUGAGUAUUCUGCAUA